AUGAUGUCAAGCAAUGCAAUCACUAUUUUUCUCUUGUUGCUUAACAUCUCUCUUUUUCCAGCCAUUUCUGCUUUAAACCAAGAAGGUCAUUCUUUACUUUCAUGGCUUUCAACUUUCAAUUCUUCUCUGUCAGCUAACGUUUUCGCUUCAUGGGAUCCGAGCCACCAAAAUCCCUGCAACUGGAAGUUUGUGAAAUGUUCAACAAAUGGUUUUGUUUCGCAAGUAAGAAUCGACAAUAUUAGUAUUCCUACCACCUUCCCCACUCAGUUCUAUUCCCUUAACCAUCUUACUACUCUUAUUCUUUCCAAUGGAAAUCUGACAGGCGAAAUUCCAGCUUCUAUUGCGAAUCUUUCGUCGCUGAUCAACUUGGACCUUAGUUUCAAUGCUUUAACAGGAAAUAUCCCAGCAGAGAUCGGAAGGCUGUUUCAAUUGCAGUCGCUUUCGUUGAAUACGAAUAUGCUACAUGGUGAGCUUCCUAGAGAAAUAGGAAACUGUUCGGAGCUUAGACAGCUUGAACUAUUUGAUAACGAGCUCUCUGGAAAUAUUCCGGCAGAAAUAGGCCAGUUGAUUGCUCUGGAGAUCUUUCGUGCCGGUGGAAACCAAGGACUUCAUGGUGAAAUCCCAAUGCAGGUAUCAAACUGUAAAGGACUGCUGUAUUUGGGUCUUGCAGACACUGGGAUUUCAGGGCAGAUUCCGAGUAGUAUAGGAGAACUGAAGUAUCUCAAGACGCUUUCAGUUUAUACAGCUAAUCUCAGUGGUAAUAUCCCGGCAGAAAUUGGUAAUUGCUCAGCCUUAGAAGAUCUUUUUCUGUAUGAAAACCGACUUUCAGGCAACAUUCCUGAAGAAUUGGCUUCAUUGACAAAUCUCAAGAGGCUGUUGCUAUGGCAGAAUAACCUCACUGGGCACAUGCCUGAAGUCCUAGGAAAAUGUACAGAUUUGGAAGUUAUUGAUCUCUCCAUGAAUUCUCUAACCGGUGUGGUUCCUGUGUCCCUAGCCAAUUUAGUAGCAUUGGAGGAGCUUCUUUUGUCUGAUAAUUACCUUUCAGGAGAAAUUCCACCUUUUGUUGGAAACUUUUCUGGUCUAAAGCAGCUUGAGCUGGAUAAUAACAACUUCUCCGGUGAGAUUCCAGCCACCAUUGGGCAACUAACGGAGCUUUCACUUUUCUUUGCCUGGCAGAACCAGCUCCAUGGAAGCAUACCUGCUGAGCUAGCCAACUGCAAGAAACUUCAAGCAUUAGAUCUUUCUCACAACUUCCUCACAGGGUCAGUUCCACAUUCUCUCUUUCAUCUCAAGAACUUAACCCAGUUGCUGUUGUUAUCAAAUGGACAUUCAGGUGAACUUCCAUCUGAUAUUGGCAAUUGCAUUGGUUUGGUCCGUUUGCGACUAGGAUCAAACAACUUUAGUGGUCAAAUUCCAUCAGAAAUAGGGUUCCUGCAAAACUUGAGCUUCCUUGAAUUGUCAGAUAAUCAAUUUACUGGAGAAAUCCCUCGAGAAAUCGGCAACUGCACUCAACUAGAAAUGGUUGAUUUGCAUGGAAAUAGGCUCCAAGGCGUCAUCCCCACAACUCUCGAUUCUCUUCUUAAUUUAAAUGUGUUAGACCUUUCAAACAACAGUAUAACAGGCAUCAUCCCUGAGAAUUUAGGAAAGCUAACAUCAAUCAAUAAAUUAGUAAUCAGUGAAAACCAUAUUACUGGUUUGAUUCCCAAGUCACUUGGUUUAUGUAGGGAUCUGCAGCUGUUGGAUAUUAGCAGCAACAGACUCACGGGUCCAAUCCCGAAUGAGAUUGGUCAGUUGCAAGGAUUAGAUAUCCUUUUGAAUUUGAGUAGGAAUUCUCUAACAACUUCAAUUCCAGAAAGCUUUUCAAACCUCUCCAAACUUGCCAACCUCGACCUCUCUCAUAACGAACUCACAGGAGCACUUACAGUAUUGGGUAGUCUUGACAAUCUUGUUUCGUUAGAUGUCUCCAACAACAAAUUCUCAGGUCUGCUUCCUGAUACCAAGUUCUUCCAUGAUCUUCCAGAAACUGCAUAUUCUAGUAAUUCUGAGCUAUGCGUAAACAGAAACAAGUGCAAUUUAAGUGGAAAUCAUCAUGGCAAGAACACUCGAAACCUUGUCCUGUGUACUCUUCUCAGUUUAACUGUCACAUUAUUGGUUGUGCUUGUGGGUGUACUUAUAUUCAUCAAAAUUCGUCAACCUGCAUUUGAAAGAGAUGAUGAAGAAAACAUGCAGUGGGAUUUCACCCCAUUUCAAAAGCUUAACUUUUCAGUCAACGAUAUCAUACCAAGGCUCUCAGAUUCAAACAUCAUUGGUAAAGGUUGUUCGGGAAUGGUUUAUCGUGUUGAGACUCCACUGAGACAAGUUGUUGCAGUAAAAAAGCUAUGGCCUGUCAAGAAUGGAGAGGCAGCAGACAGAGACUGGUUUACAGCAGAAGUUACAACGCUUGGAUCAAUCAGACAUAAAAAUAUAGUUAGGCUUCUGGGAUGUUGUAACAAUGGAAAAACCAAACUGCUGCUGUUUGACUAUAUCAGCAAUGGGAGCUUGGCUGGAUUACUUCACGAAAAGAAGGUAUUCUUGGAUUGGGAUGCAAGAUAUAAUAUCAUACUAGGAGCAGCUCAUGGCCUGGAAUAUCUUCAUCAUGAUUGUACUCCUCCAAUUGUGCAUCGUGACAUCAAGGCGAAUAAUAUAUUGGUAGGGCCACAAUUUGAAGCUUUUCUUGCAGAUUUUGGACUCGCCAAGCUCAUUGAUACUGCAGAAUCUUCGGAAGUUUCCAAGACAAUCGCCGGUUCUUAUGGAUACAUAGCUCCAGAAUAUGGAUACAGUUUCAGAAUCACAGAGAGGAGUGAUGUGUACAGCUAUGGUGUAGUUCUUCUAGAAGUGUUAACAGGAAAAGAACCAACAGAUAACCGGAUUCCUGAAGGUGCACACAUUGUCACUUGGGUUAACAAGGAACUUCGAGAAAGAAGAAAAGAAUUCACGACAAUUCUAGACCAGCAGCUCCUGCUUCGAUCAGGCACACAACUUCAAGAAAUGCUUCAGGUGCUUGGAGUGGCCCUCCUCUGUGUGAACCCUUUGCCAGAGGACCGACCAACAAUGAAAGAUGUAACAGCAAUGCUGAAGGAGAUCAGACAUGAAAAUGAGGAUUUAGAAAAAUCACAUUGUCAUAAUAACAAAGCAGCAGCUUCCAAUUCAAAAGCAACAGUUCAUUCUUCUAGUUUCUCUAGAUCAUCUGAACCUCUAAUUAGAUCACCCUCCUGAGUCAAUAAUUCCACAUAAUCAGGCACAUUAGUUCAUUGAUUAUUUUUUAAAGCAACAGAAAAAAUUGUAUAGAUUGAUAAAUGUUGUAGUAGUAGGACUUUGAGAAUCCGUGUCUUCUACACUAAUUUGAGAAUGGUUUCCCUUCAGUUCA